AGCAGUAACCUCUUUUGAAAUCUCAGUUACAGUCUUUGGUUUUAAUACGGUUGUGUACGUUUUAGGCGUUGUAGGCGUUGUAAGCUUCAUAUACUUCCUAUGGAGGAAUUAGGAUUGUAUGGGUGAAUGAAACAUGUUUAUCUCGGAUGUGGAAGGAAGUCAUAAAGAAGAAUUAUACAAUAUAAUUGUACAUGACUUACGACAUGUAGGAGUGAAGCAUAGAAUUAAGAAGUCGACCAACAAGCAUUCACAGUGCUCUAAACACGGCAAUGUGGAGAAGGCAGGAAUAUUUAGAGUGCCACUUCAUCAUCUUGAUCAUGAAAUUGUAUUGCUAAACUGUGGGACAGCCGUUGAAGUCCCGAGUUUUGUUGCAAGGGCUUGCUCAUACAUAAAACAACAUAUAGAAACUGAAGGAAUUUUUCGCAAAGCUGGCUCAACUUCACGACAGAAAGAACUGAAGGCAUUCCUGGAUAGUAAUAAGAAGUUUGGGCCUGAACAUCAUGUAAUUGAUGUGGCAAAUGUUUUGAAAAUGUUCUUCAGGGAGCUGCCUGAGCCACUUAUACCGCAUGCUUACCAUGAAGUGCUGCUUAGAUGUUUGCUGUUACGAGAUAAGAAAACAGAAGGAAUACUUUUAACGUGUCUGCUGAUGCCAACUGCACACAUAAAUACAUUGGCAUAUUUGAUGCAGUUCCUCCAAGAAGUAGCAUCCCAUUCUGAAACAAACAAGAUGAAUGUAAAAAAUUUAGCAAUCAUAGUUGCUCCUUCGGUUAUGCCUGUAGAAGAGAAGAUAGUUGUUUAUGGCACAUCAAGGCUCACUCAUCAUGUAGAAGUGGUUGAAUUACUGAUAAGAAAUGCCGGUAAAAUUGGAACUUUGCUGGAAAAUAUGUUUGAGAAACUGGCGGUGAAUAGCUCUGCUCCCUCUUUGUCAAAUGAAGAGCAAGAUGGCGAUUUGUCAAGGCAGAACAAGAAAAGGAAGAAAAGGAGAAGUGGAUCAAUAACACGUAUGUUGAAUGGAUUAAAGAAAAUGGUUGGGAAGGGAACUCCAGAAGUAGACGAAAGUCACCUUAUUACAUCCACGCCUGAUUUUUCAACACCUUGUGUUAAGUCAAGCAAGAAACGGAAGGCUGCUGAAGUAACCACUGCAUUUUCGGGCAAGAAAAGGCGAGAUGUUUUGCAAACACUCCCCCAGAGUGUAGCACUAGCCAACAUACCUUAUACUCCCUCCAGGUCCAUGGCACAUGACUUGUAUGUUUCGUCUCCAGUUUGUUCACAUCCAAAUCCCAACAGGAAAUCAAAGAGUCCCCAGUCAACAAAGCACAGACACAGAAGAUUUUUCACACCCAAGUUACAUACUGAAAGUGGAGCAAACAAGAUUAAUUGCAAAGAAGCAUAUGACAGCUGCAAGAAGACUCGACUAAGUGUUGGAAGUUGGUCUGGGAAGAAGCAAAGACCUGAAGAACUGGCUGUUGUGGGUAAUCCAUUUGGUUCAGACAUAAGCUGCCAUUCAGAUCAUUCAAGUCGAGGUUCUCUGGAGCGAAGUUGGAGUGUAGGCCCUUGGGGCAGAAAGAAAUAUUUAAAUCUAUCUGAUGUCCCCAUGUUUUCACCUCCAGUUGGACCUGGUGUUGAUAUCGCUAGUGAUGGUGAACUAGUCCAAGCAGAAAAUUUGUGUAGCACAUCCAGUCAUGAAACUCAAGUCAUUGAGCCUGAGAGUGCCAUUCAUGUAUCAGAACCAGAUCAUCCUGAGAUGGAGUUUGUUCGUAUCCCAAAGAGUGAAUAUGAAGCCAUUAAGAACAGAGUUUCUGCCAUAGAGAACAGAAUAUCACAAGAGUUUGGAAACAUGAUAUCUACCAAUGACACUGGCUCAAGUGUGCUUCCUUCAUUAACUGUAUCCUGUAGUACUGAAGUCAGUAGUAAUGCAGAGUUGGUUCAGAAUGCAUAUGAAAGAACAUUAGUUGAAUCUGAGAAAUUAGGUGAUUCUUCUGCAGAUCACCUUGCCAGACGACUCAGCAGAGAGCUGAGGAUUCGCCGCAGUCUGGAGAGUAAAGUUAUAAGAUCACCAAGUGCACGAAAAAUUGGCACUAUUAGACGCAGGUCAAAGGAAAAUGCAAAACCUGUCUUCAGAUUGCCAUCAGAAAAGAAUGAGGUAGCAAGAAACAUGUCAUGGCAUUUGGCUGUGCAACCUAAUCUUGCUCAGAUUAGUCAAUUCUAUCCACGUAGUAAUCUAAAGAGGGGCCGGCCCAACACAGUAUUUACAGGUUUGCCUCAACCAAGUCCAAGAAAUACUGUCAAAAUGAACAAGGGAAUAACCCAUAAGUGUGAGGAAGAACUGCCCUCUGAGGAUAAGAAUAAAGAGAUAUUGCAGAAUUAUCAUUCCUGUCUCAUGGAUGAUGACAUAAUGAAUAUGACUGACUUGGCACAGUAUCUUGAUUUUCAUAGGGAAUCAGAUGACCCCAUAACGAGAAGAAAGGCUCGAAGGGCUUCCUCAUUCCAUGGUUCUGAAUGCACAUUCAGAAAUCAUAGCUUCAGAAGCAAAUCUUUGAAAAAUAUUAUGAAAUCCAGCAGCUAUGUUGAUAUUCCUGAAACUACAGUACACAACUCAUUGAAUUUGGAAGAAAUUGCUGACAUUGAUAUAACAGAACAACAAAAAGAAAAUGAUGAAUGGAAAACGGCAGAUGUCUUCUUCAGCAGUGUGCAAAACAUAAAGGACGAAGCACCUAUUACAGGCAGAGCUUCUGUAGCAAAGUUAAGGAGCCAGAAUGCUGGUAUGGUUUUGGAAAGAAUGAAGUUAUUUGAUGCAAAGGAAAACUGCAAUGUGGGACAUCAUGAGAAAGAGAAAUGUAUGGGUGAUGCUAAAGCAGAAGGACUUGUACAUGUUCCAAAUGUAUUUGCAUGUCAUGCAGAGGUAACUCAAUCCCUAAUAGAUGCCCCAGCCAAGAAACCCAACAUCUUUAGAUCAAGUCAUAGCAAGUCAGUUCAGAGGAUUCGUUCGCCACUGGUAGCAAAGUCUGGUGUAGAUGAUUUGCAGUAUAAUUUUAAAGAUAGUCCUAAGAAGAUUGGAACUCCUAGACAGAGACAUAGAAUGAAAAGUACAAAUGGUUCCCACCGAAAACAAAAAUUAAAAGUAUUGAAGUCACCAUCCAGGGUAGACCCAGUGUCCACAGAAAGUCCAGCCUCUGCAAUUCGCAGAAAACACAACAGCAUGAAACUAGCACGGGAGAGAGUUUGUGCAGACAUUAAAGCAAAUCUUACAGUUCCAACUAACUGGUUAAGUACAGAGAAGGAGAAUGUUCUGUCCCCAUCUGAUAAUACAUACUUGCAGCCGAAUCCAAGCUCUCAGAGAGGUGUGAAUUUGAAAGAAGAACCUCAUCAUCAGUUCUCCACUGAAGCUUCUGUGUCAGACACAUGCAAAGAAGUGUGUUCUCCUGCAGUGAGUAAAACAUCUGUGUGUCCUUUGAAAGACUGCAACAGGAUUGGAAUUAAUAGUCAAGUUCCUCAUCUGACUGGUAAAGACACAUCUGUGGUGGCUUGCUCUGUAUAUAGAACCAAAAGGGAGAUGCCAUACAUUAAGAAAACAUUAUUAACUAAAUCCCCAAGUCAGUUUUGCAAAACACCACAGAGCAACACCCCAUCCACCAACAAAAAUGGCCGUCGUCUCCAAACCCCAAUGAAAGCUGUAGUUGGUUUUGGCUCUGAAACUCCUGUGGGAACUCCUAGAAGACAGAGUCCCAGGAUUCUAGUUCUCAAAUCACGAAAUAUCUCAUAAGUAGAAACUAGGUGUCUUCAUGUGUCAUGUGAUCUUACU